AUGUCCUUCCAAGGAGCGACAAUUGUCGCGGCUCCCAACGAGUUCCGCGCUCCAUUCCCGCCAUUUGUGCAGAUUUCCAAAGUUCAGGUAUGAAAAAUCAACAAAUCGCCGAAAACCUUCAAAAUCUCAAAUUUUCAGUUCCAAAAAGAGGGUGGAUCGCGUUUACUGGCCGUCUCCGGCUGGGACGGGACCUGUCGAGUUUAUGAAGUCGGAAAGUUGGGCGAAAUCGCCGACAAACUCGUCUACACCCACGGAAAACCGCUCUUGUCGUGCACAUUUGCGGUAAGUUCCCAGAAAUCCGCGAAAAUUCCAUUUUUGCUCAAUUUUCUCAGGGCUACAACAAAGUGGCGUGCGGUGGAGUGGAUCACAACGUAAAACUGGUCGACGUGGAAACGGGAUGCGGUACGCAGCUGGGAUCGCAUGCGCUCGCCGUUCGCUGCCUCGAAUUCAACCCCAUCAGCUCGAUGAUCGUCUCCGGCGGCUGGGAUUCGACGGUCAAACUGUGGGACGCGCGUUCGUACGGAAACGGCGCCAUCGAAUCCGUCCAAGUGUCCAAUAGCGUCUACGCGAUGGACGUGCUCAAGAACACGAUUCUGGUGGGCACCAAGGACCGCAAAAUCUACAUGUACGACAGCCGGAAGCUGCGGGAGCCGCUCCAAGUGCGCGACAGUCCGCUGAAGUACCAGACACGGGCGGUGCAGUUCUUCCCGUCCGGCGAGGCAUUUGUGGUCUCUUCGAUCGAAGGCCGUGUGGCCGUGGAGUACGUGGAUCAGACGAGCGAGCAGAUGAAGAGGAAGUACGCGUUCAAGUGCCACCGGGACAAGGCGCCCGACGGCACCGAACUCAUCCAUCCCGUGCACGCCGUCACGUUCCACCCAAAGUACGGCACGUUCGCCACCGGCGGCGCCGACGGAAUCGUCAACAUUUGGGAUCCGUUCAAUCGGAAGCGGAUCAUUCAGCUGCACAAGUAAGGAACAGGCAUACUUCCAUUCGGAUUCUGACUGUGCACUUCGCUUGCUGUAUCUACCUUGAAAGUUUCCGCCAGAUAGGAUGACUUGAUCUUGAGAUAUACUGAUUUUAGACCGGAAAUCCCCACGUGAAAGAAGAGAAUAAUCUGACACUGCAGAAAUGUGCCUUGAUAUUGUUCGGUAUCAACCCUCUCCAGAUUAAGUAAAAAAAAAAAACUUUCCGGUUAGAAACUCCGGGCCAAGACUGAUCAGUUAGAGACCGAUUGGAACUUUAAGCAAGCGGAUCUCCUCUUGAAAUUGCCAAUUUUCCUUCAGAUUCGACACGUCGAUCGCGUCGCUGUCGUUCAACGAAGACGGAACUCAGCUGGCGAUCGCCUCCUCGUACCAAUACGAAAACGAAACGGAACCGACGACGCUGCCGAACAACACGAUCACCAUCCGCCACAUAACCGAGCAGGAGAGCCGGCCCAAAUAA